CAGACCCCUCCUACGCAUCUCUUUUCUUUUCUCUCUCCUCCUAUACUCCACCCCUCCACUUUUUCUGCCAUAAACGUCCGAACGCCACAUUGCUGCCACAAACUCUCCUUUCCUCUAAAACCAGAGCAACAGGAUUGAACCCCAAUACUCUCCAUCUACAGUUUAGCCUCCGUCUCCACUGGCAACCAGAUCACCUCCUUCCUCCCCACACGGCUCUCCACUCCACUUCGCAGUACUUCUGUCCUUCCUUCCUCUCUCCUCUGCACCUCUCCCCUCUCUCUGCACUAAUCGUCCCACCCACCCCGCCUUGGCAUGGAGAAGGUGCAGCACAUCACGCGGGCGGCCAUUCGGCGGGCGUCCACCAUGGAGGUUCCCCAGCAGGCCAAGCAAAACAUGCAGGAGCUCUUCGUCAACUUCUGCCUCAUCCUCAUCUGCCUGCUGCUCAUCUACAUCAUUGUCUUGCUAAUCUCCUUCCACGGCAUGUGAGAGACCAGCGUGAUGUAACCUGCUCAUCCUCCUUUAACUUGGCAAACAAGAACCACCUCCACUUGGGGCCGAACACACUCGGGCUACACGACGCCACAGCUGAACCCGAACAACCCUGCCAACCUCCAUCCCAUCAAUAUGGAUAUGAUCAAUAACCGAGGACUAAACCUGCUGCUCAACUUCCUGCUUAUUGUAGUGGCUCUACUGCUCAUGCUCAUUCUGGUCAGGCUCAUGUGAUGCGAAAAUGGCCAGAAACAAGAAUAAUGGGUAUAAGAGGGACGUAUGUUUCAGAGACUCCCACUCUCUCUACCUCCAAAACCAUUUUAAAGAUGCCUUACAUGACAUUAUAAUUUUUCCAACUUCAACUACACACCAGACAGACCUGUGCAAAAUGACUGACAGGCAGAGAAUGUUUCUGAUUGGCUAGUUUUCUGAUGUUGGCGGUUCCUCUGACUAUUUCUCAGGAGGACACAUAUUUCACUCAUUUGAAUCAGAUAGAAGGGAUGUUUUGAAAGUCUGGUGUUAAAAAAAUAUCAGUUACAACACCUUUAACCUACAAUACACGCUUUGCUAGAGCUUAAUGGAGGAGUAAGGUAAAUACUAAAAUAAUAAUAAUAAUAAUAAAUCAAUAAAACAUUAUAAAAAAUUCCAAACUUGAUAACGGAUCAAAAAUGCUGCUAUAUUUUUUUGUUCAAAAUAAACGGAUGCUUUAAAACAGUGACAGGAAGUAGAUGCAUGUUUUGCUUACAAUGUCACUGCGCCCUCUAGAGUUUGCUGCCUCUUACUGCGCUCAAAAACAACAACACAAUCCCAUAACCUCAAAAUGAGAUUCUUUUUCUGUGAACAGCAGGUUUGGAUUUAAGUACAUAGUUAAAUGAAGUACAGUGGAAAAUAUUGGUGAGCUUUCAAAUCACACAACACCACUGACACUAUACUUACAAAUACAACAUGCAUUUUUUCCUGCAAUAAAAGCUUUAGAUAUGCAUUCCUUAUAAGAUGUAUCUCAUAAUUGACACGGUUAUCAUUUUAAUAAGAAUAUGCACUGGUUUGCCUAUAAUAUAAUCCAAAAAAUGUAAUCUUUAUAUAUUAUUUAUACAAUCACUGUGUUGUUGUUAAUAUCUGUGUGAAUAUAUUUAUGAAAUAAUACUCAUAAAUGGGAAGGAAUUGCGGUGCAGUGCAGACACUUGGACAAAUAAAGCAAGCACUGCAAAUAAAACACUUGCUCUGAUAACAAUAUGUUUUUGUGUAUCUUUGUGAGCUGAAUAAGACAUUUCGAGUCUCAAGCAAAGCAUAUCAAAGAUAUCAGCAAAUAUUCAAG